CCUUCCCUGAUACUAACAUCUAUAGGUACUCAAAUUGUGAAUCCACGAGUGUACUGGAGAGGUCAUCAACAUGAAUAUCCCAUCCUGGCAAACGUUGCCCGAGAUGUUCUUACAACACCAGCCAGUGGUUCUGGUGUUGAGCGGUUAUCCAAUUCUGUUUGGGAUAUCUGCCACUACCGCCGGGGCUUGCUAAAACCGAAAACAAUCAAGGAGCUGAUGUUUAUGUGUACAACAAAGUUUGAUAUGGAAUCCAAGCAGCUUUCCCUGAUGGAAGAGUACUUCACUACCCAAGAAACACAAGCAGCAGAGGAAAAGGAUGCUUGGAAAAAACAAGAUGAGUUUAACCCAAUUAGUGAUGAUGAGGAUGAACUAUCUUCUGCUGGGGCCAUAUCUCAAAUUCCUCUACCUGAUAAUAGCUAUCUGCAAGGCAAGAGUAGUACUCAGAGGCGCUCAUCAGGGCGGCUUCCAAAGCGCUCAAGACGUGAUGAUGAUUUUGUGUAUGGAUAG